AUGUCACUGGGCGACGCGAUUGGCCGGAACCAGACGCUCACCCGCCUAAAUUUGAGCUUGAACGACAUCGCACCGGAGGGCGGCGCCUCGCUCGCCCGCGGGCUGCGCGGCAACACCUCGCUCACGCAGCUGACGCUGGUGCGGUGUGGCCUCGGCCCGGGCGGCGGCAGGGCGCUCGGCGAGGCCCUCGAGACCAACCGCCACUUGCUCAGCCUGGACGUCGAGCAAAACGACUUGGGGGUCGAGGGCGGUGUCGCCUUUGGCAGGGCGCUCGCUGUCAACACCUCCCUCGCCACCGGCAUGAGGUCCAACCGCAUUGGGUACGGCCUGGAGCGUGCGACGGCGUUCGCCAAGGCACUGGAGGUCAAGUCGCCGCUCACGUGCCUCGGCAUGUCCGUGACACGUGAACUCGUCGCUCACCUCCCGCUCAACCUGGCGCAAAACGAGCUCGGCGCCGUGGGUGGCGCCGCCUUUGCCGCCGCCCUCCGGCGCAACACCGGCCUUCGGCGCAACUCGACUUGCGGCGCAACGAGCUCGGACCGGACGGUGGCGCGGCAAUCGGGCCUCACGCGGCUGGACCUGAGCGACAACGCGAUCGGGAGCGAUGGCGUCUCGUCACUGUGA